AUGACUGGCUACAGAUUUCCCGUCGACCUCUCGAAAUUCAAGAAGCUCUCCCUCGAUCCAAAGAACUCUGAGCUCACCUCACAACAGAGGCAAGAUCUUCUACAUAACAUCGAUAUCUUCCGUGAUGCUAUCGUUGCGUUCACUGCAACGGGUUCUGCUCGAGGUGUUGCUGGCCAUACUGGAGGACCAUUCGACACCGCGCCUGAAGUCUGCAUCCUGCUGGCUAUCAUCAAUGGCAAUCCCGCUGGAUAUGUUGAUGCCCUCUUCGACGAAGCCGGUCAUCGAGUGGCCACCCAAUAUCUUCUAGCCGCUCUUGACGGCAGCAUCGACCCUGACCAUCUCCUCAAUUACCGAGCCGCCAAUUCGAAACUGCCGGGCCAUCCAGAACUGGGACUGACUCCCGGCAUCAAAUUCAGCUCUGGUCGCCUGGGCCACAUGUGGGCCUUAGCAAAUGGCAUUGCUUUGGCUAACAAGGAAAAGACCGUCCUGGUCCUGGGCUCUGAUGGCUCGCAGCAGGAAGGGAAUGACGCCGAGGCCGCCCGCAUCGCGGCAGCCCGCAGCCUGAACGUCAAGCUCUUCAUUGACAACAACGACGUCACGAUUGCAGGACACCCGUCCGAGUAUCUCAAAGGCUACGAUGUCGGGCGCACUCUUUCAGGCCACGGUCUUCACGUCGUCCGCGCCGAGGGCGAAAACAUUGAUUCUCUCUAUCGCGCCAUCUGCGAGAUCCUGGUCCAUAACGGCCCCGCGGCGGUUAUCGUCGAUCGUAGGAUGGCCCCUGGGAUCGAGGGCGUUGAGGGUCAAAUCAAGGCUCACGAUGUUGUCCCCGUUGACAUUGCCCGUAAGUACCUCACCCGCCGAGGAUACACCAAAGAGCAGCUUGCCUUCUACGACGAGAUCAAGCCGCAGGACAAUCCGUACAAGUAUCGAGGUUCAUCCAAGGACAAAGGAUCCAACCGAACCAUUUUUGGGGAGGCGGUGAACUCUGUCCUCGAUGGCCUGAGCAAAGACGAGGCUGCGCGCCGUGUCAUGGUCAUCGACUCCGACCUGGAAGGAUCCACUGGUUUGAAAGGAAUCCACGCGAAGCACCCAGAGGUGUUUAUUCCAUCCGGCGUGAUGGAGCGAAGCAAUUUCUCGGCGGCAGCAGGGUUUGGGUUCGGGAGCAACGGCGAGCGGCAAGGAGUCUUCUCCACCUUCUCGGCAUUCCUUGAGAUGUGUAUCUCUGAGAUCACGAUGGCUCGAUUGAACGACUGCACCGUCCUAUCGCACUUCUCCCACAGCGGAGUGGACGAAAUAGCCGACAACACCUGCCAUUUUGGUCUCAACCACUUCUUCGCAGAUAACGGCCUGAUGGACGUCGAGAGCACAAAACUCUACUUUCCUGCCGACGGGGAACAGAUGAAGGCAGUGGUCAGCAAGAUCUUCUUCGACAAGGGACUGCGAUUCGUGUUUUCCACCCGCUCAAAAGUGCCGUACAUCUUCAAGGAGGGCACAGAGGAAAAGCUCUACGGCCCAGGCUACGACUUUGUUCCUGGCAAGGAGGAAUUCAUCCGCCACGGGACGGCUGGUUACAUUGUCUCCUACGGCGACAUGCUUUAUCGUUCGCUGGAUGCUGUCGAACGGCUUCGCGAGGAAGGUCUGGAUAUUGGUCUGGUCAACAAGCCAACGCUCAACGUGGUGGACGAGAACGCGAUCAAGAUCUAUGGAUCAACUGGCUUUGUUGUUGUGGUAGAGUCCAUUGCUCAGAAGACCGGUCUGGGUUCUCGUCUGGGCACCCACCUGUUGGAGCGGAAGCUGACACCCAAGUUCAAGGCUAUGGGUGCUGUCAAGGAAGGUAGUGGUGGGUUGUAUGAGCAGGUCAACUCCCAGGGGUUGGGGCCGGAUGAUAUUAUCAAGGCUGUCAAAGAGACGGCUGGUUAA